CUCGAAGAUAUAAACGCAGCAUGGUUCCAUUUUUAGGACAGCAUCUCUCUUGGAGACAAAAUUCCAACUUCCUGUUCACAUUAUUCACGUCAACAUGCAGACUUACUUGCCUUUGCUAGCAGUCGGGGCCUUCGCCCUCGUCGCUCUUACCCAAGCCUCUGUGGAUGUCCAAGUCAUGUCACCAAACCUGAAGUUCCGAUCUCUCGCUUUCGACCAGAUCGAAUCUCCAUUGAGAUUGACUAAUAUCACCCGAUGGGACGCACCAUCUUCAGCAACUACUCGUGACCUUGACAUUGCACCACGUGGUCCAACCGGCGUUUCAACCUACCUAGAACACGAAAAGCGUGUUAACAAUGGCGUCCUUGCUGCCGUUUGGGCUGGUAUUGCUGCAGGCUUCGCAAAGAGUUUGGAAGCUACAAAACGGGCUAUUGAUGAAGUCGUGUGGUCUCUAGACCCCCAGUACAUCCCAACUGUCAACAGCAGCUUGAGAAGCACAUUGGCAGCUACUGCUCCCCAUGAUAAGCGGGACGGAAGUGAUGGGGAAAUUGAUUGGUCCGCAUAUAUUUACUGGGGCGAUGUAGAUGAGUCUGAGCUUGAUUAUGAAAAACUGAAUUAUGACACUUCUGGCGUCAUAGACGGCGUUGCGAUCGCAUACACUGACUAUGUCGAGAAUAAUCAACUUACUGUUGCUUGCGCGGAUACGUACAUUGAUGGCUACUCCGACAACGCGAUGGUCAGCCUUUGGUAUUGGAGCCCCACGCCUAAUUUUGUGUUAUAA